AUGCAGCAGUGGAGUCAAGUGCACAAGACUUAUCUGAAGAUACGAGCUGGACAAAAGACUUCGACCAUGGAACAUCUUGCAUCUCAAAUUCUUGCGACCAUCGAAAGGCUGGGAGAGCACUUAUUGGAGCACCCUCUGAGUUUAACAGAUUUGGACCGGAUGAGCAAUGGUGCAAACAAGGCUGCAAGCAGGGAAACGUUCGUUUUGGCUGAGCUGAUUAAAACCGAAAAGGCUUACGUGCAAGACCUGCGAGAAUGCAUUUAUACUUACAUGAGGGAGAUGAUGACACACGAGGUGGAGAUCCCUGCAGGACUCAUCAAUAUGGAGCACGUCAUCUUCGGGAACUUGUUGGAGCUGUAUGAAUUCCAUCAUAAGAUCUUCCUCAAGGAACUGGAAAAACAUGAAAGCGUCCCUGAAGAUGUCGGACAUUGCUUUGUGAAAUGGGCUGAGAAGUUCCAAUUAUACGUGGACUACGCCAAGAAUAGUGACAAAUCCACUCGCCUCAUCGUGGAGCAUACUGUCACCUAUUUUAAUAAAAUUCAGCAAAAGCACGGACUGCCAUUCUCGUUACAAUCAUUCCUGAUCAAGCCAAUCCAGAGAAUGACAAAAUAUCCGCUCCUGAUAAAGAAUCUCCUCGAUUGCUUCGAAGAUGAGAAAGGAUUACUCAAGGAAGCCCUGGAGGUGACUCUCGGCAUUCUCAAGAGAGCUAACGAUGCAAUUCAUUUCUCCGUGCUGGAAGGUUUCGAUGAGAGCGGUGAAUCCCAAGGUGAGUUGCUCCGACAGGAGGCAUUCAAAAUGUGGGAUACAAAACUGCCAUUUUGCAGGGGGAAGAAUUCACAACUCUUUCUCCUGAAAAAUUCCUUGCUCGUCUGCAAGGUGGUCAAGGAUGAGAAAGGCAUGACGAAAUACAUUUACAAGAGAAAACUCAACCUAGCUGAUGUAAAGCUGACAGAACAUCUUAAGCGAGACCCUGGCAAGUUUGUCCUUAGGGUGAGCCGCAGCUUGAUGUCGAGCAAAAGAAUUGUUCUUAAGGCGUCAUCUGUUCAAACCAAGCUGGACUGGAUCGAACAUAUCCGGAAGCUAAACAAGGAACACACCCUCCACCUGACGGGUACACUCAAGGAGCCGAUUGGUAUUCCUAAAGCCAUCACAGCAAAGCUCUGCAAGAGCCAAAAGUCAAAAUCAGGGAUACUUCUAUCCAAUUCUGUGGCUUCUUGGUUUAAAAAAAGUAAAAAAAAAAAAAAAAAAUGGCGCCUUGAUCAAUGAGUGACUUGACUUCCAGACAUUGUUUGCCAUUUAUUUAUUAUAAAUUUGAGGGUGUUUGUUGGAGAGAUUUAUGCUGUGACUUUAACCCAAUUUAGACUGACACAAAUAGUCCACAAUUCCUUAAAAAAAAACAACAACAACAUACAUACUUUAUAACAGGUGACUUACAUCUCUGAUAUUGUGCAAGAAAAGAUAAAAAAAAAAAACAACAGAAUUAUUGUGUUUUGUUGUUUUUUUUUCUAGGGGAAGGGUGUGAACUACAGUGGCUUCGAGGAUUCCAUCAAAGUGGCUCGGCGUCCGUAUUUUUUGUUGUUGUUUUUUGCUACAUUUGUUUAUAUGUUUCCUUGUAAAUAUUGUAUAUAGUUAUGUAU